GCACGUGAUCUUAUGCAACAAAGACAAAGAAGAUGAUCAUACCCAAGGUCAAGGAGGUCAUAACUACACAGCAGUGAUAUUCCUACAGUACAGCUAAGAUGAGUUCCGUGAGUGAGCUGGCAUGUUACACACUGAUACACAACCCGGCCGAGACUGAGGCACCUAAUGAGCAGCAGCUUAAACAUGAUCUUGAACAUGGAGAUGCUCGUGUGAAGGCGAAUGCUCUCAAGAAGCUCAUUCAACUCGUGCUCAAUGGAGAGCGUCUUCCCGGACUGCUGAUGACCAUCAUACGCUUCGUGUUGCCUAGCAGCGAUCACCAGAUCAAGAAGCUCCUGCUCAUAUUCUGGGAAAUAUGGCCAAAAACUUCCCCUGAUGGAAAACUGCUGCACGAGAUGAUACUUGUCUGUGAUGCUUAUAGAAAGGAUCUGCAGCAUCCUAAUGAGUUCAUCCGUGGGUCCACUCUGAGGUUCUUGUGUAAGCUCAAGGAGUCUGAGCUGCUAGAGCCACUCAUGCCCUCCAUACGAGGCUGUCUGGAUCAUCGCCAUGCCUACGUUCGUAGGAAUGCAGUCAUGGCCAUAUACACCAUCUACAGGAACUUUGAGGCGUUGAUUCCUGAUGCACCUGAGCUGAUCCAUAACUAUCUCGAGGGUGAACUAGAUGCUUCCUGUAAAAGGAAUGCUUUCAUGAUGCUCAUCCAUGCUGACAGAGAGAGAGCUCUGGAUUACCUCUCCACUUGCAUUGACCAAGUCAACGAGUUCAACGACAUACUCCAGUUAGUCAUAGUGGAGCUCGUGUAUAAGGAGUGUUAUGCUAACCCCAGUGAGCGUGCAAGGUUCAUACGCUGUAUCUACAAUCUGCUCAACUCCUCCUCACCCUCUGUACGCUAUGAGGCAGCUGGCACACUAGUCACACUCUCAUCCACACAAGCUGCAGUCAAGGCGGCUUCCCAGGCGUACAUUGAGUUGAUAGUUCGUGAGAGUGAUAACAAUGUUAAACUGAUUGUUCUCGAUCGUUUGACUGCUCUCAAAGGAACUCCAGCACAUGAGAAAGUGUUACAGGAGCUGGUGAUGGAUAUAUUGCGUGUACUUGGAUCACCAGAUCUCGAGGUCCGCAAGAAAACCCUAUCUCUAGUAUUAGAGCUGGUCAACUCGCGCAAUGUCGAUGAGGUUGUGUUGGUUCUGAAGAAGGAGGUGGCCUCUACCAGUACAGGAGGGACUGCUACUGAAGGUGGUGACCGAGCUGGUUAUAGACAAGCUCUGGUCAAGACUCUCCACACUACCUCCAUCAAGUUCCCUGCAGUCGCCUCCACUGUGGUGCCUCUGUUGUUGGAGUUUCUGAGUGAUUCAGAUGAGAGCACUGCUGAAGGUGUACUGGUGUUUGUGAGGGAGGCUGUGCAGACAUACCCACAACUCAAGACACAUGUCGUUGCUAAACUACUCGAGGUCUUCUCUCAAAUCAAGUUCCUCAACAUCCAUCGUGCUACUCUCUGGAUAUUGGGAGAAUAUUGUACUUCUGUGGAGGACAUAUCUCGUGUACUCACCGUUGUCAGGGCAACACUGGGAGAGAUCCCAUUGGUCGAUUCUGAGCUCCGUAAGGCGGCCAAUAGUGAUGAGAGUGAUAGUGGGAGUAGUGACCCUAGUGAGAGUGUGAGGACCUUAGUCACCGCCCACGGCACUUAUGCCACACAGUCUGCCUUCACAGCCGCCCCCGUAUCUAACAAGGAGAAGAUUCCGCCACUGCGAAGCUAUCUAUUAGAUGGUGACUUCUUCAUAGCAUCAUCCCUGGCUUCCACUCUGACCAAGCUGUGUGUGCGUUACCUCGCUCUCAUGACCGACCAACAGAGCAAGAAUGCAUUUUGUGCCGAGUCUAUGCUCAUUAUAGCCAGUAUUCUGCACUUGGGCAAGUCUGGGAUACCCAAGAAGGCUAUUAGUCAGGAUGAUGUGGAGCGGCUGAGUGUGUGCCUGCGUGUGUUGUGUGAGAGGUGUGAGGUGGUGGGCGGUGUGUUUGGGGAGAAGUCACGUCAAGUCCUGGCAGACAUGAUCUCCCUCAACCAGCAGUCCACAGCCUCCUCUAGCAAGAGUGAACCUAGUGCUGUGUCGGUUCAAGCUGAUGAACUUAUCCACUUUGUUGUAUUGGCCGGUCAGCGUGAUGAGGUCAAGGAGAAUGUGUAUGAUGCUAGUCUACUCUCAGCCACUGGUCCAAUUGGAGGAAAAGAGGGAAAGAGCAACCAACUCAGCAAGGUGGUGCAGUUGACUGGCUUCUCUGACCCUGUGUAUGCUGAAGCCUACGUGAAUGUCAACCAGUAUGACAUCGUGUUGGAUGUACUAGUCGUGAACCAAACUGGAGACACACUACAAGGACUGCAACUAGAGCUCGCUACAUUAGGGGACCUUAAGUUAGUGGAGAAACCGAUGCCAUGUACGGUGGGUCCACAUGACUUUGUCAAUAUCAAGGCUAGCAUCAAGGUCUCGUCCACUGAGAAUGGUAUCAUAUUCGGGAAUAUAGUGUACGACAUUGUUGGAUCGACUGCUGAUCGUAACUGCGUAGUCCUCAACAACAUUCACAUUGACAUCAUGGACUACAUCCAGCCUGAGAGCUGCACUGACGCAGAGUUUAGGAAAAUGUGGGCGGAGUUUGAGUGGGAGAACAAGAUUGCCGUGGCAACCAAUAUCGGAGAUUUGGAGGCAUACCUUGAGCAUAUUCUACAGUCAACUAAUAUGAACUGCCUCACACCCAAACAGGCACUGAGUGGAGAGUGUGGUUUCCUUGCUGCUAAUUUAUAUGCACGGUCUAUAUUUGGUGAAGAUGCACUAGCCAAUGUGAGCGUUGAGAAGCCUCCAGGAUCCAACCAAUCAGUCACUGGGCAUAUCCGCAUCAGAGCCAAGACUCAGGGCAUGGCACUGUCUCUGGGGGACAAGAUCAACCUCUCUCAGAAGACAACUGGAAAUUGAACAAGAAAAUAACUAAACUAUAAUAUAUAUGGACUGUGUACAUUUUUUUGAUCUGAUGAAUUUACAAUCAUUAUUAGAAUUUAUUAUUGUUCUUGA